AUGCAGCAGGCCCAGGGACAUGAAGCCAUCUGGAACAUUGCGGGCACAUACCACAUGGAGGCCUUGCUCCUCGAUCUCGAGCAAUUGGAUCACCUCUGGGACCACCUGGCUGAGGUCCAUUGCUACGAACGUGCAGCGAACGAGUACACCACUGUGGACAGGCACCUGAAGCGAAAACACAUCUCCGCCCUCAAGGGUCUGUUUGUUCUAGACAUCCGGGAGCUCUUCUGGACCACGGCCCACAUCACUGCGGCCGAACGCACCGUCAAGCAACGUAUGGAUACGACCAAGCGCAUCUUGACUGCUCCACAAAAUCAGAGUUCCAUGCCAGAAAGGCUGUCCUACUUUUACAUGAUACACUUCUUCGCCAUGGAACAGACUUAA